UGCAAUUUUAUUUUGGAUUUAUUAUUGUGGGAAAUACCUGUUUUUGUAAAAUCAUCCGAUAUGCAUAUAAUCAAUCAGUGUUAAGGCGACGUGGCAUGAAUUUAUAAUAGGGAAUCUAUCUAUUGCCUUAUCAGUGAGGAGUCACAUUUUAAACCAAGUGCAAACAACUCCAACCGCGUAAUAAUGGGUCUUAGAUACCGGAUCGCCCUCUGUUUGGUCUUCGCAUGCGCACAAGUAGAAGCAACAACUACAACUGUCCCACCGAAUGCAACAACAACUGAAUCGCAUGCGACCGAGCCUGACAUCAUUAUUGGUAACCCGUCCGAUCUUUUUAACACAGCAGUGUUUAAGUGCGGGGAUUUCAUAUACGGAUCUGAUGUAAACUCAAUAUUUCCACCAUCAGAUAGCAUAGUUCAUAUGCUAGGAGUCAAUACAACCUCGGCAAAGGCCGCCUUCGAUAAAAAUAUAGACCUGUUUUGCGAGAAGGUUGAUCCAUAUUCUCGUUGUGUCAAACAUUUUAAUGAGGUUGGAUGCACACCUGAGGAAGAGUAUGUCAGACGGUACAUCGAUAUGGACCAAUUUGGAUCAGCUUUCACUUCAUACUGUAUGAAUAAAGAGCUUAUAAAGAGUCAAGUUAUUUGCACAUUUGAGACAGUCAGAAAUGGAGAUAUUCCGUGUGAGUUUGGUGGAGUUGAAGGAUUUAUUCAGGGGCUAGUGCUUGCUGCGACACAGAGGGUCGCAAAGGACGUUUAUUGCGGUGCCAGAGAGGCGACGUUACGUUGCAGAAAAGCUCAGCUGGCAAGCUGUGACGUCACCUAUUCCGACGUUAUGUCCACAAUUUCGACGACUCUUACAGCCAAAUAUUGUAGAAAAUAGAUUGUUUGCUCACCAACUUUGAGGAAUAAAAGAUAUCUAUCUAUCUUGUGCACACCUACGUUUGAAAUUCUGAAAUACCAUUUAUAUAUCACUGAUACAUUGCUAUUGAUUCACUGGAAAUAAUGUAAAAAAAGCUGUUUACAACUGUUUUUUACAAACCUGACUACGAAUUGUUUAGAAUAAUACGUAUCAUAUUUUUGUAAUUUAUUUAAUAGAACAAUACAAUUGGUUGUAAUCAUUUCUUUAUGUCCAUUGGUGUAAAUUACCACGUUGUACAUUGUACACGAAAUGUAAGUUUGAUGAGAUAAAUAAAACUGUAGUAAUUUA